AUGGUUAGCGACGAUGAGCUUUACCGCCCUUCGUGCCGUGGCGAGACUGAACCAAGGUACAAUGCGCUACUUGUCCGUGAGCCACGAUCUGCUAAGAAGCCAUCUACACUUGGAAUAAACAACAACCACCCAACCAACCACAAAAAAACUGAGCCUCCCACUCCCCCUCCCACCUCUACUCAACCCACUUCGACCCUCUCACACUCCCACUCCACCACCCAACUUUUCCACUCACAAACAUACAAAAGCCUCGCUCGCCCACCAAAGCAAAGCUUUCCCCUCCUUCUUCUGCUCUUCGUCGUACAUACCGAAUCCAAAUUUACGGAUCACCUGUGCAGUGAGUAUUCACCUUACCUCACUCACCUACUCUUCUCACACAUCAACCACAUUAUCGCGAGAAUCAUCACUGACUCGACGACUUUGCAGCUUUUACCUUUCAAACACACAACUCGAUCACAUCCCACCGCCAAAAUGGGUAAGGAAGAGAAGAACCACAUCAACGUCGUCGUUAUCGGCCACGUCGAUUCCGGCAAGUCGACCACCACUGGUCACUUGAUCUACCAGUGCGGUGGUAUCGACAAGCGUACCAUCGAGAAGUUCGAGAAGGAGGCUGCCGAACUCGGCAAGGGUUCCUUCAAGUACGCGUGGGUUCUUGACAAGCUCAAGGCCGAGCGUGAGCGUGGUAUCACCAUCGACAUUGCCCUCUGGAAGUUCGAGACUCCCAAGUACUAUGUCACCGUCAUUGACGCUCCCGGUCACCGUGAUUUCAUCAAGAACAUGAUCACCGGUACCUCCCAGGCCGACUGCGCUAUUCUCAUUAUCGCUGCCGGUGUUGGUGAGUUCGAGGCUGGUAUCUCCAAGGAUGGCCAGACCCGUGAGCACGCUCUGCUCGCCUACACCCUUGGUGUCAAGCAGCUCAUCGUCGCCAUCAACAAGAUGGACACCACCAAGUGGUCCGAGGCCCGGUUCGAGGAGAUCAUCAAGGAGACCUCCGGUUUCAUCAAGAAGGUCGGCUACAACCCCAAGACCGUUGCCUUCGUCCCCAUCUCCGGCUUCCACGGCGACAACAUGCUUGCCCCCACCACCAACGCUCCCUGGUACAAGGGCUGGGAGAAGGAGACCAAGGCUGGCAAGUCCACCGGCAAGACCCUUCUUGAGGCCAUUGACGCCAUCGACACCCCCAAGCGUCCCACCGACAAGCCCCUCCGUCUUCCCCUCCAGGAUGUCUACAAGAUCGGUGGUAUUGGAACAGUGCCCGUCGGCCGUAUCGAGACUGGUGUCCUCAAGCCCGGCAUGGUCGUCACCUUCGCCCCUGCCAACGUCACCACUGAAGUCAAGUCCGUCGAGAUGCACCACGAGCAGCUUACCGAGGGUCUCCCCGGUGACAACGUUGGUUUCAACGUGAAGAACGUCUCCGUCAAGGAUAUCCGCCGUGGCAACGUCGCCGGUGACUCCAAGAACGACCCCCCUCUGGGUGCCGCUUCCUUCAACGCCCAGGUCAUCGUCCUUAACCACCCCGGUCAGGUCGGUGCUGGAUACGCCCCGGUUCUCGACUGCCACACUGCCCACAUUGCCUGCAAGUUCUCCGAGAUCCUCGAGAAGAUUGACAGACGUACCGGCAAGUCUGUUGAGAACAACCCCAAGUUCAUCAAGUCUGGUGACGCCGCCAUCGUCAAGAUGGUUCCCUCCAAGCCCAUGUGCGUUGAGGCCUUCACCGACUACCCCCCUCUGGGACGUUUCGCCGUCCGUGACAUGCGCCAGACCGUCGCCGUCGGUGUCAUCAAGUCCGUCGAGAAGUCCGCUGGCAACGCUGGCAAGGUCACCAAGUCCGCUGCCAAGGCUGGCAAGAAAUAA